AUGCACUUUAGUGAAGAUGAUAAGGUUGUGUUUGCUUCUCACAUGAUGAGGGGUCCUACUGUCAGAUGGUGGAAAAAUGUUUCGACUCUUAUGACUAAUCAAGGAGUACCCAGGGAUUGGGAACAUUUUAAGAUUACUUUUCUGCACAAAUAUUUCCCAAGCACCUUGAGAACCCAAAAGGAGUUUGAAUUCCAUCCGUUUAGGCAGGGCAAUAUGCCAACAGCUGAUUAUGCUGAAAAGUUUAAGGAUAUGGAUGCUUACUCCAGGAAAGCCAUGUAUGCACCAGAUGAGAAGUGGAAAGUUGAUCAGUUUCUAUUUGGAUUGAAGGAGUUGUUGAGACAAUGUUAUGUGGCUGGAAAUAGUUUGAAGAAGGUUCGAGAGGAAAGGGACCAGUACAGAGUUGGCCUGAAGGACCAAGGAAGACCGAGUCAUCAGCUUAGGCUCAUACCUCAAUCUUUCAAAGGAAAAACAUUGAUGAAUGCAAAAUCUACCCAACCUCCUCAAUGUCAAGUGUGUAAGAGGUUUUAUUUCAGGAAAUGUGUCGGAGGUGUAUUUAGGUGUUUUACAUGUCAUAAGGAAGGACACAUGGCUAGAGAUUGUCCUCAGAAGAAUGCUCAAGCACAAGGGAAGAGUAUUGCUAGGGUUUAUACCUUGAAUGCAAAGAAGGAUAAGGGUAACAGUUAA